UGCUCUCCUGUUUCACAUGUUCUUUUUAACCAUUUUUUCAGCCACUGUCAGCAAGAAUUUCCCUUUUUUGUUUAGAUUCAUAUCUUACUUUACCAGUAAGAUAAGGCUACAGAAAGUGAAAGUGGGACGAGAGAGAAAGAGAACAGGUGAUAAAAGAGAAGGAAGGAGAGUCAUUUUCUACCUGAGCUGCGCAGCUGGAUGUUUAUUGUUAGCGUGAUGAGAUGUCCCAAAUGAUGGACAAGUCUACAGAAACCCCCGAUGAGGACAGAGUGUCCAUCAGCAGCAAUGACAGGACGCCGGCUAACGUGACGAAGAUGGGCAGGAUGGAGUCGUUCAGAAACAGCGUGCGACGCGCGGUGGAGAAGAGCCCGCUUUCACCUGUGGCCAAGGGGUUAAAGGUCACAGCUGAAGCCAAGUCAGAUGGAAAUCAGAAGGGGUCGCCGCAUCCGCAAACUCCUUCAUCACCCAGUCCGAGCGCCGGCACUCCAGUGACCUCUCCUCUGAAAAACAUGGGAUACGAGGACACUCCAGCACGAAAGUCAAGCAGUUUGCCACGUUCAAUGACAGAUCCCAAUAUGUUAAAAUUCUUUAGGGGAGAUAAAAAUUAUUCAAGUCUUCCCUUCUUCCACAAGAAGAAGAAGGAGAAAAGGAGAAAAAACAGCAAUCAGGAGGAGCUUGCUGCUGUCUCUGAAGGGAUACUGGAGGAGAACAAUGUGAAGACAGAGGAGGAGGAAGAGGAAGAGGUGGACGGGGAGGAGAUUGAAGAGACGUAUGCACUGGCUGAGUUACCUCACACACCUUUAUCAGUGAUGCAGAUCAACAAGUUGAUAGAGAAUGAGGUGCUGGAGGAGGCUCACCUGAACCUGCUCGCCCUGCGGCAGGAGUUCCAGCAGGAGCAGGAGCAGUGUGGCGAGGACUCCAUGGAGCUAGCCAAAAAGGAAAAGGACCUCAGCCUCCUCUACGGGGAACUGAGGAACAAGAUAAAUAGCUUGGUGCGCGACUCCAACUCCCUUCCCAAUAGAAACAAGGAGCUUCUGGUAUACGUGUCUCGCAUCAUCCAGGAGGAGGAGAAGAGGGCCAAGGAUCCUGGAGGGCUACCUGGCAGCUGGAUGGAGGCCUGGAGGGAGGCGGUGCUUGAGGGGGUGCAGGCUAAGUUAAAGAGCGUUCACCUGGAGCAGAAGGAGAAGAACGCCUCCUGGUUGGCUGUUCACCUGGGUCUGCUGGGUAAGGCCAUCGUGGAGGAUCUGGAGAGCGUUAGGAGACACCUGCGAUGGUCGUACCCGCCCAGCUUCAGAGUCUUCAGCACCUACGUGGACAGUUAUCACAAAGCCGUCGGGCAGCACCUGAAGACGGUGGAGCAGCAGGUGAUGGAGCUGAAGGAUCUGUACGCUCUGCUGGACUGGAUCAUCAACCGCUACAAGAGCGAGAGGAUCAUGGGAAGUGUUUCCCUGCAGCCGGACAUGAAGGAUGAGAGCACCGACCUCCAGCUGGAGGAAAACUUCCUGAAGCGCCUGAAAAACAAAUACUGCUGCAGAGUGAAGGCGGAUGUGAGAUCUACACUGGACAGAAUUAUUACAUUUGAAAAUGAGGAUGUUUGGAGAGAGAGAAGAAGUCCAGACAAGGAUGACGACUUCCUCGACUCUCCAUUUCACAUGGACAUCUGGACGAAGGUGAAAUCAUUUGCUACCAACUCUAGAAAAAUUGAUGCUGAACUGGAACAGAAAGCGGUUUGUUCCUGCCUCGAAGAGCUGAAAGACUUCCCCGGGAGAUUUGAGGCGGAGUUCAGGCGUCACUGCAGCGCUCUCAAACCACAACCCCUCUGGACGGAGUAUCAGAUAACCUACAUCAACAGCUUUACCUCUUUACUGCAGCACAUGGAGGGAUACCGGGACUCCUGUCCGGAUCAGGUGGAAAAGUUCGGACGAGAGGUGAACGGGCUGAUGGACUGGCUCAUCGGGGGUCUGGAGGACCACUACAAAGAAGAUGUCAAGCCGUACUUGAGGAGGAUGAUGACGAGGAAGUGGCUCACCGUCGACGAAGACUUUGAGCAGCUGUACAGGCGGACAGAGCUGCUUUCCCAGCACUGUGCUCUCAUGAGACCUCCACAUGUCCAGAAGUUCGCGAGGGAGCUGCACUAUUAUGUGGUGAAAGAAUACAUCGGACAGCUGAUGAAGAAUAACUACUCGUGCAAGAACCGGAAACACGAGAAAGCGGCGGGCAAGAUCCGUCGUCAGUGGGAUAAACUCGUUGAACUGUUUGAGAACAUGAAGUCGGAACAAGACUGGCUGCACCAUGUAGGAGACGAGCUGAGCGACAUCAUCGGACAGAAAAACAAGGCGGACAUUAAAAAACACCUGCAGCCUUUAGUGGAGCAUUACCCAGACUUCAGCAAGAAGCACCUGAUUGCUGUUCUGACCUUUAGAGGUCUGCUGAGGGGCAGCGAGCACCGGCUGAUCCUCCAGAGACUAGCCGAGCUGAAGAAGAAACCUGGCGUUGCCGCCGGCGACAAGAAACAAGUUUUAUUUAACGACAUGCAGGUCACCGUCAACACAGACUGUCUGUCCAAUCUGCCGUUCAGCUGCUUCAACUUCCUGCUGCCUGACAACUAGUAAAACAUGGCAGACUACGUGCAUCAUAUCGCUGCGUGACAGAAGAAUAACAGCGUCGAGAAGUCACAGAAAAGGUUGUUAGUCACAGUUUUAAUAAGAUGGUUUGACAU